GCAACUCGCAAAAGUAAAGCAGAUAGAAAGAACUCACGCAAAUCUAGCCUACAACACGCAGCUUCAUGCGCACGGGAGAGAGAGUGCGCGCACAGGUGUUUUAUGAGUGUUGGCUUCUGAGAUUAUCUUGCUAAUUCACUGAAGAAAGACUUAUGAUUAUGGAUAGAAAGAACAUUCUGAAAAGGAAAGCAGUAAGGCAAUGAGGAGCAAUGCUAUAAUGGAAUACUCAUGUUGCUGUAUCAGCAGAUGAGGACCUGAGAGUGCCACUGACGACGUGACUGCCUCAUAGGCUCACAGGACAAUCCUUCUCAAUUACGUCAGGACAAUGUCCAGGUUCUCUCCAAGGAAGACUCAGCAGGACCCUGAGAAAGAUGUGCCUAUCCGCCAGCGAAUGGCCUUGUUUCAGUCAAACGCAGAGGACAGAGUGGACAUAAGAGGUGGACGAAGAGGGGGAAGAGGAGGAGGAGGAGGGAGGGGGGUAAUGGACAAAGGACGAGGUGGACGAGGAGAAGAGAGCUCCUCGUCCUUGCACCACUCUCCUAAAACAACCCCAGGGCCUCCAAACCCCCCCGCCGCCCAACCUUUAACACCUGACCCCCCCACAGUUACCCCUACCCUUUGCCCCGCCUCUGAUCCUGACCUUCACCCUUAUUCUCUCAGCUCACACUGUGAUUCGCUCUUCAACGCCCUGCGAGGUCUCCUGGGUGAGGAGCUUCUGACGGACUGCGACCUGCAUCUCCGUGGUAACCGCAUCAGGUUCCACUGGGUGGUUCUGGCAGCUGUGAGUGAGAGGGUGGAGGCGUGGCUUCGCACAGGAGAGGCAGGGCUUCAGGAGGCUCUGCAGCAGUUGUCUGCUGGUCAUGUCACAGUGGUGGGACUUCGAGCUUUGCUGGAUUUCGCUUACUGCGGAGGGAUUCUUGGUUCACCAGCUGAGGGUGGGGCACUGGACGCUGUAACGUCUGCUUGCAGAUAUCUGGGUGUUCCGCGACUGACUCAGGUUUGUAAGGGAGAUGGCGCCACCUGUGGGGCGAAUGAGAGAAAGCAGAGCCUGGAGGUCAUCAGGAGACUGUGGGUCAGCAGAGCAGGCUGUGACGUCCUCAUUAAAACUGAGAAUGGAGAGUGUAUUCCAGCUCACCGAGUGGUCCUGGCAGCCGGUGGGGACUACUUCCGGGCCCUCUUCUGCGGAGGGUUACGCGAGUGCGGCCAGGACGUGGUGUUCCUGCGCGGCGUCUCCUCCAGCACACUGCGCCCCCUGCUGGACUUCCUCUACUCGGGCACGCUGGAGCUGGGCUGGGCCUGCGUGUGGGAGGUCACCGAAGCAGCGAUGCAGUUCCAGCUCCAGGGGGCGCUGUCGCUCUGCCUGGCCUUCCUGCAGGAGCGGAUGGACAACAGCUCCUGCCUGGACGUGCUGGCCCUGGCCGAGGCCUACGGGCUGGGGGAGCUGGUGCAGGCGGCUGAGGGCUACAUCCUGGCCCACUUCCAGAAGGUGGCGGAGGGGGAGAAGUUCCGCGACCUGCCUCUCGCUCAGCUGGAGAGGCUGCUGGAGAGAGACUCUCUCAAUGCUGAGAGUGAGAUAGUGGUGUUUCGGGCAGUGCUAUGCUGGAUAGAGGAUGACCGUGAGGGGAGGCUGUUCUACCUGCCCAGACUCCUUCAGAUGGUGCGCCUCCCCCUCAUGUCCCCCUCAGAGCUGCGGGAGGUGCGGAGCUGUGACCUCCUGCAACAGACACGCGCGGGGAGGGCAGCUCUGCUGAAGGUGGAAGAUAUCCUGGAGGGGAACCAGGUGCACCCAGACUGCCGACCACGCACCGCGAACCAGAACGCAACUUACUCCUCCAUGGAAAACGUGCCCAUCUACAGGUGCUGCUUUGGAAAGCAGCAGACCGCCCUGAUCCACCGGCUGUGGAUAUCACCGCGUUUGGAUGGAGUAAGAAGACAGGUUCUCGUUCUGGUUGGGGGAGACUGUGUGGAUGAGAACUUUACCCGGCGCGAGCCCAACCGCAGCCUCUGGGUGGCUCGCCGUUUCCUGAAAGGACCGGGUCUGAUCAGAACCGUGGAGUGGCGUCCGCUGGCCCAGCUCCCUGACCCGCCCCGGUUCCGCCACUGCGUGUGCGUUCACCAGAACAAGCUCUACAUCAUCGGCGGCCGCAAGUACUACGGGUCCCUGGACAUUCUUAAGUCAGCGAUGAGGUUUGACCCUGUGCAGGGGAACUGGGAGCGGUUGCCAGAUAUGGCUAGUCCUAGAGAUUACUUUGCCGCUGUUUGUCUGGAUGGCAAGGUGUUUGCGUUGGGUGGUAACCGUGAUGACAUACACUACCUGGACACAGUGGAGUACUUCACACCUGAGGACAACACCUGGAGACUGGCCCAUCCUCUAGACGUAGGUCUCUGCGGCCAUGCUGCCACCGUGUGGGACGGUGAGAUCUUCGUGUCGGGCGGCUGCGAUGCCAACUUCCACUGCUUUUCCUCCUUGUGGCAUUACCACCCCAAGCGCGGCUGCUCGCCUCGUGCGUCCAUGGCGGCUGGCACGGGCCGCGCGGGUCAUGUGAUGCUCUCAGCGGCAGCCGGGCUAGUGGUGGCUGGUGGGCUGCAGCCAUCCUGGCGAGGCUACAGCGACCAGCUGCAGUGCGAGAUCUACUGCCCGCGGCGUAACACCUGGACACUCUUCCCUGUGCUGCCCCGGCCGCACUUGUCGCCGGCCGCAGCCGAGGUGGAUGGCCAACUAUAUGUGCUGGGGGGGUCGUCGGCGGACACUGCGCGCGACACGGCGUGGGUGCACCGCUACGACCCGCGGGAGGGCCGAUGGGAUAAGCUGGGGGCUAUGCCGCGACCCUACGCCGAUCUUUGUGCCUGUGCACUGCAGCUGCCCGCUGGGGUGCAAGUGUAGUAGAGACACACAAACACACACACACACACAUACACACACACAAAUAAACAUAGACAUUAAUGCAAAUACUCACACACUUACACCCGCCCACCCACAUUGUAUACCAGGGGUGGAACGGUACAUGUACUGUAUUCGUAUUGAACCAAUGAACCGAAACGGUACGGGCGUCACAGUUCGGUGCAUGAAUUUACACGGAGAAUACAAUAGGCUACAUAAAACUUGCGUGCGAAUUCAUUAAUGUAAUGCGGAAUUACUGUUAAAUACGAGAGUCACGAGAGUUCUUUAGCGACACCUAAUCUGUAGCCCCGCCUUAGCUCUGAAGCUCUGAUUGGCGCCUAUGUUAUUUUUUUGUCAGGUCGACGGUCGAGUCAGUCAGUCAGAGAUAGCAGCACUAAGGACGAGUAUGGCGAGUGGUGGCGACCCACAAGAGUUAGAGGAUCCCCUGGUCUCUUUAAGAUCGCAAGUUUGAGAACUUCAGUUACAGUAGUACAGGCGAGAGAGUGGUGUUGGCGUUGUUCAGCAGUAGUUUGGUAUGUGAGUGGAAAUACAUCGAACAUGCUAACACAUAUCCGACGCCAUCACCCAGAUGUACGUUACCAAUCACUGGAAUGAGACCAAAAAAAAAAACUUCUCCCAACAGUGCUUCACCAACCUUCAGAUACA